GGGAAGGAACGCAGCAGGGGAGAGAGAGAGAGAGAGAGAAUGGAAAGCAGCAACAAAGAGGAGGCAGAAAUAGAGAAAGUAGAAUUCGAUGGUUCGGAGAUUGAGUACGUGAGUUACUGUGGCGAACAUCACCUCCCUCUCAUAAUGAACCUCGUCGACCAAGAACUCAGCGAACCUUACUCCAUCUUCACCUACCGUUACUUCGUCUACCUCUGGCCUCAGCUUUCUUUCCUGGUUCCUGUUCCUUCCACUUCUCACUUUUUUAUGAUCCCACUCCUUUUCCUCUUCUUUUUUAUUCUCUGUUUGCGGUUCGUUUUAGGCGUUCCACAAGGGUAAAUGUGUGGGCACGGUGGUGUGUAAGAUGGGGGAACACCGUAACACUUUCAGAGGCUACAUUGCCAUGUUGGUUGUAAUCAAGCCCUACAGAGGACGAGGCAUUGCUACAGAACUUGUUACUAGGUCUAUCAAGGUGAUGAUGGAAUCAGGUUGUGAAGAGCUUAAAGGAAUGGAGCACAGCUCUUCACAGCAUAUAGAAAUCUCUGAUAAGCCAGAGAAAUACAGACCCAAAAACACAGAAACAAAACUAGAAAGAAAAGCCGGAGAAACUCAAGAACAAAAUGGGAAUGAACACUAUAGGACAGUGCCCACACCUUCCCAGGCCAAGGCCACCUUCGCUACCCAAAAUGCUCAGAUAGCCCCUCACGUUCCAGUCUGUCUGCUGUAUGAUUUUAUGAUUUCCCUCAUCAUUACACUUGUGCUUCUCCUAUUCUCUCACUCCAAUCUCCUUUUGCUAGUUGUGCAUUCCGUUAAGCAUUCCUAUGUCUUCCAACCAAUUUUUCCUCUCCUUCGCUCCCCUUUUUCAUCAAAUUCCCAUACUGUUCCUUUUUUUUUGCCUCCUCUUCUCUCAUACACCAACAUGCAUUUACUAAUAUUGUGCCAAUUUUUCUGUUUCUUUCCUCUCCUAUGUUCAUGGGUUAAUGGUCCAUCAUCUUACCUUACAAUCAAUUGCAUUGUACAGAGAAAAUGGAGUAACAUUGAACAAAAGUUGAAAUAGAAACUGAGAGUUUAAACUGUGAUUAUUGUUGAACUUUGCUGAUUUGGAUAUUGUCUUAGAUGAGAAAACAAGGCGUGGGCACUGUGGUAUAGGGCAGGACAGGCCAAGAACUUGAAUGUACAAAAGAAUAUCAAAAUUCUUUUUCUUCUUGAAGUUACUUUUUCUCGAUGUG